UAUCUCCGCUCCGCCUGCGCUCGCCCCGCCGCCGGAGACAGCCGCCCGCCGGCGCGGGGAAACAAAUCGGCCGAUCCUCGCGAGAGCCACGGCGCUGCAGUAGCGGGCGGGCGCCGGCGGGCGGGCCGACGGGACAGGGCUGCGAAGACCGGGAUCCGGGAGGGGCCCCCAAGAGCUUGCAUCGGCGCUUUGGUGGUGAGCUGAGAAUUCUUCUACGCAAUAACUUUCAAGACAAGGAAACACCAUGGGAGAAAGAGUGAACAAUUUCCCCCCUCUGCCCAGAUUCAUCCCCCUGAAGCCAUGUUUUUACCAGGAUUUCGACGAGGAAAUUCCCCCACUCCACAGAACCACAGUCAAGCGUCUUUACUACCUCUGGAUGUUGAAUAGCAUCACCUUGGCUGUCAAUCUGAUCGGUUGCCUUGCAUGGCUGAUUGGAGGCGGUGGAGCCGUUAACUUUGGACUGGCAAUCCUUUGGCUUAUUCUCUUUACACCCUGCUCCUACGUGUGCUGGUUUAGGCCAAUUUACAAAGCUUUCAAGACUGACAGCUCCUUCAGCUUCAUGGCUUUCUUUUUCACCUUCAUGGCGCAGCUGGUGAUCAGCAUCAUUCAAGCCGUCGGCAUCCCUGGCUGGGGAGUUUGUGGCUGGAUUGCAGCGAUCUCUUUCUUUGGGACCAACGUGGGCUCGGCUGUCGUGAUGCUCAUCCCUACCGUUCUCUUCACAGCCAUGUCGGUCUUCUCCUUCAUUGCUCUCAGUAUGGUGCACAAAUUUUACCGAGGGAGCGGCGGCAGCUUCAGCAAAGCUCAGGAGGAGUGGACCACCGGCGCCUGGAAAAACCCUCAGGUCCAGCAGGCGGCACAAAACGUGGCCGUGGGCGCCGCAAACAACGCCAUGAUGCAGCACGAAACGCAGUAUUCGGCCACCCCUAACUACAACUACGCCAACGACAUGUGAGGAGUCAGGAAACGCACACACACACCCCACCCCACCCACCCCGGUCCGAGGCGAUCCCCAGAAGACGUUGGCUUUAGGUGGGCAAGGAAGGAACGAAGAAGGCCGUGUGUUGUGGGUGCGGGUAUCUUGUGUAGGUUUCCAAGGGAUGAAUUCCAUCAUCUUGUUGCCGCGGUUGGGGAGGGGAAGAGGGGGGCGGCCAGAUGGCGGGAGAGACGUUGUCCGGGAGAAAAAUCUCUGCAUUUGAUUCUUCUUCCUCUUCCUGGGUCCCAUCCUUGGGCCUCCUGCGGUGUCUUCUUUCCCCUCCUCUUCUUCUUCCUCCUUCUCCUCCUCCGGAGAAGAAACGCAUUGCCCUGCAGGACAGUUGUGUUGUGCUGUUGUGCCUGUGUGUGUGUGUGUGUGCGUGUGUGCUCAUUUCUCCCUCUUUUUUUUUUUUUUUUUUUUGGUGAAACCGUGUACGGUGGUGUUUUUUGACGUUUCUUGUGGUGAUCAUGAUUUUUCUAGCCGCAUCAGAGCACCGGAGGGAAGAGGUCUUCCCCUCUAGGGGAGGUGUGAGCCCUGAGCGUUUAAACCCCAUUCUUGACUGCAGGCGAUUCUCCCUGCGGCAAUCCAGAAGUGGAUUGCCGGCUUCGUCAUCCGUCAUUCCUCCUCUUUCUUUCUCUCUCUCUCAAAGCCACAGCAAUAACCCCGGCAGCUGGAAACCUGGCUAAACUGGGCUUGUUUCACAUUCCCAGGAAGGCUGUGUUUAUCGAGAUAGAAGCCAAGAUGGCUUACUCCUGUGAUGGCAAACCUAUGGCACGCAUGCCCAAGGUGGCAUCAUGGAGCCCUUUCUUUGGGCACCUGCGCCAUCGCCAGCUGGCUUUUGUGGCCGCCGGAGCAGCGAAAAACGGCCUGAAAAUGGCACCAGAAACGACCAAAAACGAAGCAAAAACUAGCCUGCUGGUCUUCCGAAUUCUAGUGCUCUGGCGCACACAAAGAUCAGCUGCAUGCUGGAAGCGCAAAGAUCAGCUGGCCAGCACAUGCGUGCAUGCCGGCCAGCUGGUUUUUUUUGGGUUUCCAGCACUCCAGCACACGUGGAUGUGCCUUGCGGUUUGGCCAAUUGCCGCCGAAAGGAUUCGCCAUCCCUGGUUUACUCUGUCUUGGAAAUUUCCAUCGUCUCUAUCCAGUUCCCUUUCCUAGGUCUCUCCCUUUCAGCCUGAACAAAUCCCCGUUUUACGAAGUCUACGCUUCCUCGAUUGAUCCGAGUUAGCAAUGUAAUGAAAAGCAAGCCUUCCUUUUGAAAACAUCUGGAGAGACUAAAUCAACACACGGUGUGGAUUUGAGGGUAGGUUUCCAGCCCGGCUCUUCCUUCCGCGAGGACCUGGCUGCCUCUUUGGCUCUCUGUUUUGUUUCCCUUUCCAACACUUCGGGGACAUGUUGCUACACGUUGGGAAUGUUUGUUGACCCGUUGGAAACGUAAACAAGCACCAGGCACAAACCACCACAUGUGGUGGCCCUGUUAAAAAAAAAAAAAA